AUGUCGAAUGCCACGCAUCUUGAGCUGAUACAUUCAUAUCGGCAUAUGUAUCGGGCCCUACUGCGAGGAGUUCAAUUUUCCAAACCCGCUAGAUACGUUGCUAGGGAUCAACUGAGAGAAGCCUAUCGUAAUGGAAAACCAGGAAAUUUUGACAACGCAAAAAUACAAAGAACGCUUGAAUUUCUAGAUGGAGCAGCUAAAGAAACAGGCUUGGAGCACAAGAUACUCAAGAAUCUACUUCUCACACGAGGCUAUUUCACUGCCAAUGCUCGAAUGCAACGCCAUAGUAGACGUCCUGACAAAUUCUAUGAGCAACCUAGCUCUCUAAAUGCCGCAAACAUUCAACGCACAGCAUUUCUCCAUUAUGACAUGACCUUGGCAAUGCUCAACGAUAGUAUGGGUCUCUGCUUGCGUUAA